UGAAGCCAGGCAGACACGUUUCCCCUGAGGACUCGUGGGUGGAUAUCUGUGUGUUCAAGUCUACCCAGGGCCACACUAGAUUGAACCAGUUUAACAGAGUAACAGAGCUCAUGCCCUUGAUCCCAGCAAUAGAGUGGAAUAAACGAUAAGAGCGGUGUUUUCAGUAAUCAGGCUCAAGAAGAUCUCCAGUUAGGCUGAGGAGAGGUAGCGGUGUGAUGCUUGGGGAGAGCACGUGGAGCCUGAGGUAGAGGCAAGAUCUAGUGGCUUGGCUGCUUUGCUUGCCUGACCUUCAGAUUGAAGUUGAGCCCCAAUAUCAGUGUCUGGUCUUUUAUCUUUUUGUGUUACAGUUAUCUGUAAUUGGUAGCUCCAGGUUGAAGAAGAAAACGCCCUACCUAUUCAUUUUGGAGCCAGGUUAACUGAAAAAGUGCCACAAGCCGAUAUGUCAGGGGACCUGGCAGCCGUGAGCUGGGGCUACACAGAAGUCAGUUUCCAGAAAUUCACCUACAUUUGGACCAUCGGCAACUUCUGUUCUAUCCUGCGGGAAAUGAGGGAAGCCAUUGAAAGCCCAACCUUCUCCUCAGGAGCCAGGGACAAAAACAGAUGGAGUUUGAAAAUACACCCGAACGGGAUGGAUGAAGAAAGCAAAGGCUACUUGUCAGUUUACCUAACGUUGCUCAGCUGCCCAAGGAGACCAGUGUGGGCAAAGUUCCAGUUUUGGAUCAUCGACUCCGAAGGAGAGAAAACACAAGGCAUGAAGAGCCCAAGAUUCUUCAGGUUCCAGCAAAAUCAGCAGUGGGGAUUCAGAAAGUUCAUCCCUCGACAUUCCCUCUUGGCCCAGGAGCCUUGGCUGCUCGAAGACAAUGAACUCAGCCUGAGAUGCAAGGUGACUGUGGCCCAAGACUCCUUAGGCUUCUCUGACGAGACCACGAUGCCAGGGAUCCAGGUUCCAAGGUGCACUCUGGCAGAUGAGCUAGGAGAGCUGUGGGAGAAUUCCUUCUUCACAGACUGCUGCCUGGUGGUAGCUGGCCAGGAAUUCCGGGCUCACAAGGCCAUCUUAGCAGCUCGCUCUCCAGUUUUCAGAGCCAUGUUUGAACAUGACAUGCAGGAGAGCAGAACAAACCGCAUUGAGAUCCACGACCUGGAGCCUCAAUGCUUCAGAGCAAUGAUGGGCUUCCUUUACACCGGGAAGGCACCGGAUCUCCACAGCAUGGCAGAUGUACUGCUUGCAGCUGCCGACAAGUACGGCCUGGAGCGUUUGAAGGUCAUGUGUGAGGACGCCCUCUGCAAGGACCUCUCCGUGGAGACUGCUGCCCACACUCUGGUCAUGGCUGACCUCCACAGUGCAGGGCAGCUGAAAACCCAGGUGCUGGAUUUCAUAACAGCUCAUGCUUCUGAAGUCUCUGAGACUUCAAGCUGGAAGACAAUGGUGGGCUCAUAUCUCCACUUGCUGGCUGAAGCAUACAGCUCCCUGGCUUCUACACACUACUCUUUACUAAAAUGCCCUCCCUAACGCCUCAGGCAAUCUUACGAUCCUCUCAGCUCUGA